ACCGCGCUCUCUUCCGUUUCUGUCGUGCGUCGUGCUACUCGUGCUAAGGAGAAAGUCGAGCCGGCCAUUCGUGCCGGUCAAUUAUAUUAUCGGGAGUGCCGAAAGUAAUUGCGCGAAGUCCGUAAUAGUUUCAUCGCGAGCCGCACCCGCUCGAGUGAUCGGUGGUCGCCGCGUGAAACAUCUCAGAUAGCUUUUCCGUUCACGGAAGAGUGAACGGAGAGAGUGAGCCGGUUUUCGUCGCGCGCGAAUUCUGGAAAAUUGAGUGCGCUCAGUGCAUCCGUGCAAAGGGUUGCAUCGUGCGCCCAAGUUUCGUCGUAAUCUGCACCUGCUCGAUUGAUCGUCGCGCGAAACAUCUCUUUUCCCGAGUUUUCGUCGCCCGUAAUACGACGGAACGAGGCACACAGACGGAUCACGUGAUCACCGCGUGCGGUAGCGUGAUCCUUGGCGAAAGACCCGUGUCGACGGCGAAACCGUCCCACGAGAUGAAUCCGGUUUUCGCGAGUGCCUCUAUCUCGAGCGUCGCGAUCACCGGGUGAGAGUUGGCGGAUCAUUUCUCAUAAAAUCAACGCCGGGAGUUCGAUCCUGAUAUCGACCCCGCUCGCGGCCAUCUUGUCGUGCCGCGCCGUACAUUGUGAACGCGGCUCUACCGCGCCCGUGCCUCGUACCUCUGUAAUUUAUUGUAAAAUGUAAAAUUCGUGCCCGCUAUCGCGUCAUCCCCGAGUAACCCAAGUGAGCCUGAGUCUCUCGCACGUCUCCGUGUUCGCGGUUGCUCAUCUGCCUCGCGAGCAAGAUAUCCGUCGGUCGCGUUCAAGAUCUCCGAGCGCGAGGACGGUAUUCAAUCGCUCUUCAAGAUCUCCGUUUCGCGAAUCUACGUGCGCGGACCAGUUCGGACGCAGUAGGCACUGGAGGCACGAGAUCGCUCCCGGAUGACCCGGAUACCGGCAGUCUCGGCAGUCCCGGUUUGUCGAUGCAGAACGUUAGAUAUUAUCCUCAUUUGACAGAUGGCCUAAAGCAAUGUUGCAAACUAAAGAGACUAGCAACUGCUGGUUUCUAUUACACGGGAAGUGGCGAUAAAACAUUGUGCUAUUACUGUAAUGGAGGAUUAAGGUAUUGGGAGCCAGAAGAUGAUCCGUGGGCAAGGCACGCUAAGUGGUUCGAAUACUGUCCUUAUCUGAUUUUAACUAAAGGGACGGAAUUUGUAAGCAGCAUUACCGGGAGAACGUACGUCGGAGCGGAUAGCAUAUUAUUGGCAAUUAAUAAAUUCGAGAAUAUUGAGAAAUUCUAUUCUGAAGAAACUAAUACUGCAGAAGUAAGUGCCGUAUCAGGAGAGGCUAGCAGCGAAGAACAAUUUGUCCAAGGUGACGAGCCAUGCGACAAGGAUGCAAGAUCAUUCAAAAUUUGCUACACUAGAGAAGUACGGAUCGUAUUCAUGCCGUGCGGACAUUGGCGUGUGCGGAGUGUGCGAAAAAUACGAAGAUAUGCGGCGUAUCUCGUAAGUCUGUUGAACGUACUGUACAAGCGUACAUGUCAUAGUGUCUUUAUCCAUGUGAUAAAUAAUCCGCGGAUUCUGCUGUAAAAUUUUGUACUUAUCAUUAUAAAAACUGAUACUCUCGAACAAAACUGAAUGACAGGACUCAUGUAGCAUACCGAUCAGCAGGUACAGACUAUACAAUGUUGAAACUCUCAUUAAUGAAACAUUAACUUCACGAUUAUCGUGGUUUUCAAUAGAAAGGAUUUUCUAUUGAGACCACAAUUCUAUCUCGUAUUCCGUUAUAAUAUUAACAAAUCGUGAAUGUACUUUGUAAUCGUUGUACAAGAAGUAAUAGAUGUUCCUAUAUUCAAAUAUAUAUACAUAUAUAUGGCUAUAUAAUCGAUAUUGCAAAAUUGUUAGUCGGUGUGUAAAACACAUAUGGCAUAUCACAAAUUUUCAUAUUUUAACUAUCAAACGACGCAAAUACAGGAAGUCGUUAAAAUCAGAAAAGAUAGAUUGUACCUGCAACGGAACGUUGCUAUUUGAACGUUUUUGAGUUUAUAUUGUUCCCCCAAUUCCAUAUUUGCUGAAAAAAAAAAAACAAAAAACAUUGUGAUGUAAGAUAAAGAUAAAGCGGCACCAUAUUGGACGAGUACAAAUAGCAACACGACAUGAAGUCUAGUCAUUAGUAUUAUAUGAUGAGUAAUGAUGAAUAAGACCAUAUAUAUACAUAAAAAUGUGUGUAAGUUAACGAAUAUCUCAACAUUUAGUUUAUGAUUUCGCCUGUAUAAUAGACUGAGCAUUUCCAUUCGAGAGCUUCUGACAAGACUGAAGGACAAAAGAUAUGUUUGCUGAGAUUGUUUCUCCAUCUUUCCUUCUUUCCAAAAGGUUAGAAAAGAAAAGCGUCUCAGCAAGCAUAUCUUUUGUCCGCCAGAUCUUGCUAAAAGCUCUACAAUUGGCAAUGUUCAGUCUAUUAUAUACGUUUAUGUGAUCGCCAAACGUUUCGAUUCGUAUUGAAUCUUCCUUAGUGGCAAAUUGAAGAGCAAUAUAUGUUAUAAUGAAGAAAUUUAGUUUAAUCAGCCUGUUUUUUUUCCUAAUUUCUAUUAUAAUCUAUUAGACAUGCUUCGUUGUAGUUUAUACAUAUUAAUGUACCGCAAAUUAUUAAACGCAUUAUUGUCCAUAAGUGUAAAAUAUUGUAACUUAAACAUAACAAAUCUAAGCACACCAGGGUACGGUUGAUAAAAAUCAACUAGUGUUGAUAAUACAAAAUUGACGCAAUGUUCAGUUUCAAGGCUCUCGACCUAUCGUUAUUAUGGAUCUCGCAACGUGAGAUAAGCUUUUGACCGUCGAUAGGGUACGUUCCACUUGGCGCUCAUAACGCUGAGCAUCAUUCAUCCUUGACAAAUAACAAGGAUAAAAUGAAGCGAAGCGUUGCGAGCGUUAAGUGAAAUAAUGGACAAUUAUUAUCUUUAAAGCGACGUAAGAAUUUGUUGAUGUUGUUUAUCAUUUCAUAUAGGUAUAAUAUGGCCAAUAAAUUUAAUUUAAUAAAUCUAAGAUUAAGAAACGAGGAACUUUUAGUAUACUCGAUAAUACAUAAAGGAUGUAGCUCUUAGGCUGCAUUGGCGCACAUUUAUAAGUAUAUUUACAUUAUUCUUUCACAUAAGAUUGCUAUUGCAUCAAAUAAGCCUCAGACUUGGUCAUUCUACGUAAAACCAAGGUAACAAAAGGU